UUCGAUCAUCGAACAUGAAAAUUAGAAUUUUUGAAAAAUUAUUUUUCUCUCAAAAACAAUUCAAACUUCUUUCAUUUUAUUGACUGUUAUUUGGGUGUACUAAUUGUCAACUAGUAAUUGAUUAAUUAAAUUGUGUUUCAUCUCUUAGAUUAUAUGAGAAUUCAAUUCAUAGUUUUAACCUAAAAUGAUGGACGGAACCAGGAAUCUGAAACAUUUUGGCCCUUGGACUGGGAAAAAGCAGAGGCAAAUUUUCCGAUUGAUUUUCAAACAAUCUAUUGAUGAAGAAGACAUGGCCCGUAAGCCCCGUUUAGCUGACUACCAAGUCGCUUUUAAUAGAGCUUGUGAACCUGGUCAACAAGAUUUUACCUUGUUGGAUAUGUUGAAGUCUUAUCGCGCAUUUGUUUACGUUUUAGCGUAUGAUCGGAGGGGUGAUAAUCCCACCCAUCAAGAACUCGAGGAAGAAAUAGACAGGAUAGAUAAAGAAAUUGAUGAAUUGAGGAAAAUAUCAACAGAUUUAAAAUCUCAUGAAUGAUGUGAACUGUCAAUUAAAAAAGGAAUAGAAUGAUCAAAAUUACCACAUUAUAAUUAUCUCACAAUCUUUAUUUAUUUAUAUGACAAUCCUUGUAACAAUACGAACACCAACUCAACUAAUAACUUUGUCACAAAUCUCUCGUCAUAUCCUCUAGUAAAUCCUAUGAAAACUUGUGCAUCUCCAUCGCAAGUUACACUCGAGGUCAUAACAAACAUCGCUAGUCCAAUGAGUAAUUCAUCGUCCAAUCUCAAUCAAUCAACUUUGCCUUCACCAACACCGAUAACAAUUAACAAUAUUCCUUGUGCAACAAUAACAGUUUCACCAAGAAAUAGUUCACCAAUAGUUCAAUCAACUUUAUCAUCAUCGAUACCUCAUCAUACUCAACCCAUUUUAGGAAGAUCAGAUCAAGACAAACCCGUGGAAUCAUCAAUUCUAGAUCAAGGAUUAGUAGUUAAAACCUAUUCCAAUCGAUCAGCACGUAAAAGGCCAUAUACAGUUAGUAAUGGAUCAACUAAUCAAUCUGAACAUGGACUCAACACUUCCCAUAUCAUACAAACUGAUCCUCUGAAAGUAAAUUCUGAGUCUCGUUUACAACCUCCCGAUGAUCCAGAAGAAACGGAAAACAAUUAUCAAAAUUAUCUCAAUGAAUCUCAUGGUGUCACCUCAUACAAUAGUGAGGAAGAUACAAUUCCUUGGGUUAAUUCAGUUAUAAGACAAAAUUACCAAAGUUUUGGGUACGAAUCAAAUUUUAUCCGAAAUGAUUUAAUUCCAAUGGAAACCACCGACUAUCAUAAUAGUAACUUUGACCAAGAAGAAGACGAUGAAGAUGAUGAAGACGAAGAUCAUUCAGAAAAUAAAUACAUUUAUAAAAUGAACACUUCAAAUACCAACAAUCCAAUUGCUACUCAUUUUCAUGAUCAACAACCUGCUCAUCAUCAUAAUCACAACAACAACAACAACAACAAUCACAAUCAUCACCAAAAUAACCACCACCCGAAUCAUCAUCAACAUCAUCAGCACCACAAUCAACUCAAUCAAUUGACAAAUGUCUCUCCUUUAGGUCAAACCUCAUCCUCAUCCUCAGUACAAUCAACACCAUUAACUGAAUCAAAUCCAACAACUACCACUAGUCCUGGUCUAUUCUGUCCCAUUGAACAUAAUUAUAUUCCAACAUCAACAAUCAAUUCAUUCAGUCAUGAGACUAAUCAACUUUACCCAAUUUCAUCAAAGAAAAAGGUAAAUUUCGAGUCGCCAAUAACAAAUGAACAAUUAACUAAUGAUCAAUAUUCAUUGACGAUACCAACAAAUACAUUUGAAAAUUUGGUUCAUAAUCACCAUUCAGUUCAACUUCAUCAUCAUGGACAAAUUCAUCACCAAUGGUAGCAAUUUAUUCAAUCACUUAUUAACUUUAAUUUUUUAAUUUCUCUCUUGAUCCUCCACUUGAUUAUGCACACAAAUUAACCUCUUUAAUUACAAUUAAAAACAAAUGCAACAAUAAACUUAUUUCCCUUUUCAAUGAU